CGGCGGGGCGGGGCGGGGGCUCCGCCGGGCUUUCUAGGACGCCGGCGCCCCGCACACCCACCAUGGAUCUGCUGCUGUUGGUGAACACGAGCCUGGGCUCCCCCAACGAGUCCCUGGCGCUGCCCCCCGCCUCGCCGUCCUCCUCGGCCCUCCUGCAGCCGCCCUCCCCCUACUCGCCGGCGGCCGUGGCCGGCCUGGCGGCGGUGGUGGGCUUCCUCAUCGUCUUCACCAUCGUGGGCAACGUGCUGGUAGUGAUAGCUGUGCUCACCAGCCGGGCGCUGAGAGCCCCCCAGAACCUCUUCCUGGUGUCCCUGGCCAGCGCGGACAUCCUGGUGGCUACCCUGGUCAUGCCUUUCUCCUUAGCCAACGAGCUUAUGAAUUACUGGUACUUCGGCAAGGCUUGGUGUAACAUUUACCUGGCGCUGGACGUGCUGUUCUGUACCUCGUCCAUCGUCCACCUGUGCGCCAUCAGCCUCGACAGGUAUUGGUCGGUCACACAGGCGGUGGAGUACAACCUCAAACGGACACCGCGGCGGAUCAAGGCCAUCAUCCUCACCGUGUGGCUCAUUUCAGCCAUCAUCUCCUUCCCGCCAUUGAUCUCCGUGUACCGGGACCCUGAAGGAGAUGUCUUUCCCCAGUGCAAGCUCAAUGACGAGACAUGGUACAUCCUUUCUUCUUGCAUCGGCUCUUUCUUUGCCCCCUGCCUCAUCAUGGUGUUGGUCUAUAUCCGCAUCUACCGCGUGGCCAAGCUAAGGACCAGGACCCUCUCUGAGAAGCGAACGAUGCCAGAGGGGUCCUCCCAGACUGAGAACGGCUUGAGCCGCGCUGCCGGCGGCUGCACGUCCCUGAGAAUGCAGCUGGGAGAGAACGGACAUUAUUCGGCGCACCACUGGCGCAAAGCCUCUGAGCUGGAGGACAUUGAGCUGGAGGAGAGCAGCACCUCAGAGAGCAGGCGGAGGCGGAGCCGGGAGGAGCGUCGCCGCAAAAGCAAGAGCCAGUCCUUCUCCUACUCGUACUCCUCCAAGCACUCCAGUGGCCGCCUGUCCCGUGCGAGCAAUCGCUCCAUGCAGUUCUUCUCCUACCGCCGCCGCCGGAAGCGUAGCAGCAUCUGCCGUAAGAAAGUUGCCCAGGCCCGGGAGAAACGCUUCACUUUUGUGCUGGCUGUGGUCAUGGGGGUCUUUGUAGUUUGCUGGUUCCCUUUUUUCUUCAGCUACAGCCUCUAUGGUAUUUGCCGGGAGGCAUGCGAGGUCCCCGAGACUCUCUUCAAGUUCUUCUUCUGGAUUGGGUAUUGCAAUAGCUCCCUCAACCCAGUCAUCUACACCAUCUUCAACCAGGACUUCCGCAGGUCCUUUAAACACAUUCUUUUUAAGAAGAAGAAGAAGAACUUCCGGCAUUGAGCUGGAGGGAUGGAUUUGCCUCGAGCAGGAGUAGAGUUAACAGAGAAGGCUCAAUGCUGGAAAAGAAGGGAGGGGAGAGAACGUGGGGCUUGGGCUUAGGGAGCGGGAAGAGGGCUCGCCCCCUUGGUGGAGCAGGGGGAUGCUCUGGGGGACAGGGAUGGUGGCAGGGGAGGCUGAGGGCACUCACCACGGUACAGAAUGGUGACAUGGAGCUGGGGAGCAGUGCUGGAGUGUGAAGGGGUGAAGGGGGAGGGAGUGACUGUGUUUGAACCCUAACAGAGGAUAUGGGGAGCCCACAGAGCAGAGUAGGCUGAGACACUGAGUUUGGGAGGCAGUGAGCUUUCAUGGGCUCUGGAAUUUUGUGGGGAAACAAAAGGAGACAUCAGAAGGAGAGGGUUAAGUGGCAGUGGUGGUGGAGAUUUGAGUAUGUUAUAAAUAGGGCAGCUGGGGCCUAUGGUGGGUUUGUCCCAGUAAGAAAUUGGCUUUUACUGCUUGUGUGGGCAAGGAGAGUGCAAAGUACCAGGCACUGACAGUGUUUUGAGUUAUGAAAGGAUUUAAAUGUUUGCCAAAAAACCCUAAAGAACAAUCCAAACUCUUUUCUAAAUAAACCUUUGUACUGUUAAAACCUUCUGAAUCAUGAUUUUGCUCAAGGGAUGAAGUCAAACAAAGCAAGGGGUUUUCUUUUCCUUUGGAGGGGUCUUUGCCUAUAGAUCUGGAUGGGAAAUAUUUUUCCUAUCUUCCUAUAGUUUUUGGUUAGUCAGUGAGACAAAUCCAGGAGUCUUUCAUUUUUUCAUUAAAUAUGAAAAAGGACACAUAUACCCCAUGACCUCAUUUCCUCCUGCUGGAUCACCAGGCAGUAAAUUCCUGCUCCAUCCUUCUCAGAUCAGUGACCUAAGGACCUUACUGUCCUGGAGCAGAUAGUAAAAGAAAAAAAAUUUCUGGUGAGCUUGCCUAACAUUUUUUGAGAUAAAAUAAAAAAAAAAAAAAUCAAGUUUUCACUUCUAUGUGCCCAGGGGAACUUUUCCUCCCCUUUUUUUUAGUCUCCCUUCAAAGGCUAAUCUCAGGGCUGGAUGCGUGCUCCUCAUUCUCAGGCAGGCAGUUGAAGGCAUUCUGAUGUGCAGGUUUUCAGAGGAAGAGCAAUUGCCCCACUACUAAGGUCUUUAAAUCCUUCAUAUUUGGAGUCUUAGAGCAACUAAAUCCUUGCUAUUUAUUUUUUAAUGAGAAGCAUACAUUGCAGAUUGUCAGUGGUGUAUGUGAACAAAUCUCAAAAGGAGGUGCAGCCGUUCCAAACCUUUGGUGUUAAUGUUGCUUGCUUUCCCUUCUUCUGUUUGCAUUUCUAGUUUAUGAUUUUAGAGGAUUUUCUUGGGAGGAGAGGCAGAAGAGGGGAGAAUAGUUUGAAAAGUUAUUAAAGCAAACUAUAUAUCCCAUGGGUUUAUAAAAUGUCAUAAACUGCAAUGAAGAAAAUGAGAGACAGGGACUGGUGUCUGCAUUCAUCACUGAAUGCAUAUCAAAUGUAAGAAUGAGCUGAGCAUUUACAUCCCUUCUUCAACUGUGCAAGGUGUGUAUUCUGUACAUGGAGCAAAUACUCCUCCUUUCUGUUUAUCACUCCUUCCAUAGGCAGCAGGAUUUGGCAUCUGCCUCAAAUGCACCUUUCCACAGCAAACAGGUCUUGGAGGAAAAAAAGAGUGAAAUCUAAUGCCAUAUAAGACUUCUUAAAACAGCUGAAUAGAAUAUAUUGAGGAAUCAUCAGAUAUCCCCCUCCUUACUCCCUCUGUUCUGUCUGAAAGGUGUCUGUAGCCUCUUCUUGUGAAUUCUCUGUAGCAUAAGGAAAAAAGAGCAGUCACUUGGUUUCAUUAGUUUUUCAUAAUAAGCAUUUGGUUCACUUAACCCUGGCAAAGGAGAUUGUCAGUGGCUGAGGUUCUGGUUGUUCCUUCAAUAGACUGUUUAACUCAAAUUCAAGUGGGAGUUCUGCUGAGGUAGAGAUUAGAUGAUUGCAUCAAAUGCAUUAGAAGUUUGCUGGAUUUCGCUAAGUAAACAACUGAGAUAUUUUCAAAGUCCUAAAUCUGUAACUUAUUGGAUGCUUUCUUGAAAUAAGGCUCAGAGUAUGAAAAGAUUUGAGCUUUGUUUAAAUAACAAACGGUUUGGUACAAAUGCAUACCUGAGACAGAUAAAGGAGAAAUAAAAAUAGCAACUGAGAGGACAAAAUUACAAGCCAUUUCUCUUUUGCAAAAUGGAGAGUUCUUGUUAAAGUUAAGUCAAAAAGAGCUGAAACUAGCUCUUAUUAUUUCUAGGUAACAAUGUAGCUAAAAAGUUCAGGUUUGUUUACUCUGAAUAAACUAUAUAACCACCAGAGCAACCAGAGCAACAUAUGGUACCUGGCUACUACCUCUGAGCUCCUGGACAGCUUCAUUAGAGGUGCCCAUUCCUGCCAAAUCAAGGUCUGCUUCUCUCACUUAGUGCUCCCUUAGAGGGGUUUCCCAGUCUGCAGACUCACAGUGGUUUGUUUCACGGUUGCACUGCUUUUGAAAUGAGCUCUGUGGCCUGCAAACACAGUCCUUCCCCCUCUGUUUUCCUGGUAGAAUUCAAGUAGUCUAUGGAAAUGAAAUUCUGACAGAUUUUAGUGGGCAUAAAAUAUAUAUGAAAUGACUGAUGUGCCUUAAAAGUAAGUUCUUUGCAGUAAAAAUAUUCUGUGGUCAUUAUAAACAUUAAAGAAAUAAUGCUUCUAUUUUUUUUUCACUUCCAAAUGUUUUAAAGGGAUUGAUGCAGAUACUGAAUAUCUAUAAGCAGCAACAUAGUUAAAACCAGGGUAUUUCUAUGCUUUUCAUUUUUCUCGUCACAGUUACUCACCUGAUUCAAUGUCUCAAGAGGGUCUUAUUUCUUCUGAGCUAAACAAAAAGUAAUAUUCAUUAAUAAAGAUGUGCAGUUUGCACCCCUUUUAAGUGCAUUUCCCUCUAAAUUAGUCAAUACAGACGAUUUCUAUAAAAAUUGUUUUUAAUGUAACUACUGAAUAUGCUUCAAGUAAAAUGGGGCUGAUUUACUUUUUUUAAAUACAGUGGUCUCUUAUUACUUGUAAUAGCUGAAGACUGGAAUUUGUAACAUAUUGUGUGGUGUUAACUUUCCAUAAAAAGUUUUCAGCUCUGCUACUCACACUGUGGUUGUGCUUCUACUGUAAGCUGGCUAAUAGUGUCUACAGGAGAAAAAUAGUCUAUGCAGCUUUUGCUUAAGAAAAAGGGAGAAGAUAUAUGAAAAAUGUGUUGAGUUGUUUCUUUGAUCAGAUAUGAUAAACUGGUUGAAACAUCACUCUCUACUGUUGUGGAAGAAUGAAAUAUUGCUACUAAGCCAUAUCGAUUUUAACAAGUUCUUGAUCUUUAACUCUUCAUUUGCUCAUUUCACCAUGAAGAAACAUUUCUGUCAUUCUUAAGUGAGAUGUUGAUGUUUCAUUUUCAAUUUUCUGAGUGGUGCUGUUGUUGGCUGGGUAUUGAAAUAUCGAACAGUGUAACUUAGCUGGGAUGGGAACUCAGUGCUGCUGUCCCUCAGCCACCCCUGUGGGAGUUUUGCGUGAGAGAGAAAUGCAGAAUUAGCCUCUUCAGGGCUUGAGGCAGAUGGAAGAGGCCUUAUAAAUAGGAGAUUUGACAGGAUCACAACUUUAAAUCAUUGUCUGAAAUAAGAAUCAGGCCCUUGUUGUUGUUCUGUGCCAUCUCUGUUCACAAGAGUCAUGUUGCUGCGAGAGCACUGGUGGUUUCUGACAAGCAGGUCUGAGAUGAAAGUCUACAUGCAGCUUUGCGCACAUUGGCCUGUAUCAUUCUUUGUGAGUAAUCCCAGAAAACUUGAGUGGAAUUUACCUGUGAGUCAGGAAGAUACUCACAGUGGGCAGUGACUUUAGGAACUUCCUCAAACGUUGGCUCCUUUUUAGUAAACAUGACAGAGGAAUUUAAGCAAGCGCUGUGCGUAAAUGUAGGAGAACAGAAGGAAUGCAAUCCUCUCUGCUUAACUCUUGACUACUGUUCAAACCCAUAGAAGAUGUGGAUGAGGGGUUUUUUGACUGUAUAUUUUUAGUAUGAGCUGUGUGAAGAACAUUUGUGAUUACAUCUGUUUUCUGAGAAGAAAGCUGUUGGUCUGUGAGGGUUGGUAUUGGCUAGAAUAGCAUCUGAGAAUUGUAAGGAUUUUGCAGGAACUGUUGGUAAUGAAAUCUAUUUCAGUAGAGGGUUCUGACCCUAAACUAUGACUGCUCUCUAGAAGGAGAGAAUAUCUACAAGCUGUGCAAAAGGAAGACCAGACGCUGUCUGUGAGUUUGUUUUUAUGGUUGCUCAUUUCGACCUUGUUGGUGAGCAGAAAGCAACUAGAUGCUUCAGAGAAAAAGCUCUAAUUUGGAGGGGGAGCAGUGCAUGAGGAAAUGGCUACCCACAACACUGAGGGAAUUCAUAUUUGCAUGCCUUCUUUCUACUGUGGUGAGGUAAAGUAGAGGAAGCUGCCUUCUUCAUUGCACAAUAUGCAAUGAAAAAAGCUGCCUUUUUCAUAACACAAUGUUUAUUUGUGUUCCAGAUCUGUGGGUCACCUGGGCCACACAAAAGAUGUCACAGGAGAAAGCAGAAAGAGGAUUGCUCACUUCAGUGUUCAACACCAAGCUUAAAUUCGUCCUUUGUCCUUGAAAUUAAGCCAAAAACACAGUUUGGCACUUGGGCCCAAAGGCUAUGUAGCAUCAAUAAUGGUACACUGAAUAUAGUCUAGUUUUAGCAAAAAGCAUCAGUUCAUAUUAUACACCCUGCACAUCUCUGUUCCAGGGCAGAAGUAGGAGAGUCUGACACUUAAGUCAUGUGAGAAAGGAAUAAUCAGCACUUUGAAGAGUCACAGGUGUAUUGAAAAUAUACCUAGAUCCAAUUCUGAUAACAGAGCUGGCUUUAGUUUUGUGUUUUGUGGGUCCCAAUCACUUUGAGCUCAUAAGAAAGAACUGGGGAGGUAGAAAACAAGGAAAUAGUAGAAAUGCUUCUUCUCAAGGAAGCAGAAAGUGGCAAAUUGCUCAGGGUCAUGUUCAGAUGUUUAUGGCAGCCCCACUCCAGUGGGGUUGGGAACAGUUACUGGGUUUUGUGGGAAAGGCUGAGGUGUCUUCCACUCACAGUGACUACCACACUUGAUCUGAGCUGAGGAAAUAUCUACAGCUGGUACAUUGCCUAGGUUUGAAGUGGCAGCCCUUAGAGUGCAGCAGAAGAUGUUUUAAGUAGUUUAUCUCUCCUCUGGCACAUGUUCUUCACUAUCCCAAACAUUUUUUAAUUCAAUUGCACAAGAGUAGAUAGGGUAGAGAAAGAUUGUCAAUCUUACAAAAAAAAAAAAAGGACAAAGAGGGUUGGAAAACAGUAGGUAAUAAAACCCUGUGUCUUAGUCCUGACAUAACACCUUACCAUAAUACCAAUCUUUUUUCCCCCACUCCCCUUUUCUUUUGGAAAACAGAAAUUCAUGCAAAACUGCAGAAGCUUAUUUUAAAUAGGCUAUACCAAUGAUACUGUUUACACUAGAAAAAAGAGCUUUUCUGUCAGUAAGUAGCCUUCUGUUGUAAAGCGAUUUUCUUUGCUACACUUGUCUGAAAAAUCUAAUGAAAGGUAGAUCAGCACUUAAUUCAAUUUGUCUAUAUGUACCUCUCUUAACAAAAAUGCUUUAUUAAUGGUCCUGAAUGUAAAGGACACAAAUGAAAUGUAGCUGCCUGCUACAUCAAAAUCAAUUAGUUGUGUUUCAGCAUUUUUGUGAACAGCAGUCAUUCAUUUUGCAUGAUGCUCUUUCCUGAUAGCUCUCUGCUGACAGAGAAAGCUGUUCACCCUGUUGACAACAGGAAUAAAAUGAGGGUUCAUAUUUGCCUCCAUUAGCUCUGUUAAGUGUCCUCUAAUACACUAAAAAGCAGGCUGCUAGAGAUAGGUCUUCUGGUGUGAUGUCUAGAAAGUGACAUGGAUCAGAGAAUUAAUAACCCGACAGGUUCCAAGAUGUACAGCACCCUUAAUUGAGAGGCUCACCCCAGGCUGCAGGGACAUGCUUCACUUGGUUUUGUUCUCUAUGCCUUUGACCCAACAUUGCAAAUUAUUUGCUCAGUAGUGGAACAUUUUCAGCACACCAUCCCUUUCAACCUCAUCUGCUGGAGUAAGAAAUUAAUACUGAGGUCUCCCACUUCUUCACUGAGUGCUUUGGCCAAUAGACUAUUUAUAUAGGUGAUGCAGCUAAAAUGCCUUUCCUUUUGGUACAUAAAUGUUUUAUUUGAUCGAGCUUUUUAUCUUUCAGUAGACUAACACUUGUUCCACAAGGACAUUCUCUAUCUGGAAAGCAAACACAUGUCAAAUACUUGGAGGAAUAUUAGAAAUCCUGAAAAACCCCAGCCACUCCAGGUAAAUUUUAAAAGAAAACACCACAGCUGAACUAAGAAAAAGGCUUAAUCUUGUCUCUGGUGGGGCUGCCCUAUCUGAACCCCCCUACUACUCUGGUGUGCCUCUGACCACAUUUGGUGCAGUGUGUGGAGCUGUUCUGUUGGCCCCCUGCAGCUGUACUGAGAGGAGCAAUUUCAAGUGUCCAGCAAAGAUUAGAGAAGUUAAACACAUGCUUAUUGAAUCAUUUCACAUUAUAGCAGACACUCUCACUUUGGCUUUCUGUUCCCUUUUUGCACUCUUUAAAUUAGCCCUUGCUUCCAAUGUGACUGCCACGCACAGCCCUUGCUUGCAGUACCUUACAUCCAAUGCCUCAUGCCUGACCUACAAGGGGCUGAUGACACCCUCCUCCUCCUCUCAGCUGUGCUGGAAGGGCUCUCCAGAAGACUCUCCAUGAGUCUGUGCUGUAUUUGAGUACCUGGAGGAGCAGGAGUUACUGCAAGUUCUUGACUGAUUCCAAGCCACACUGUUUUAUCACUGGUAAAUGCUUGUGUGCAGAGAUUCAAAGUGUCUAUAAAUGUGCAUUCCCUGAGGUUGGCACUGAUUUGUUUACAUCAGCAGCAAUUUCUGUAGGUAAUUAAAGGGAGAGUUUUAGUCAAUCCAUCAGAUACUACUUUGGAUAUGCCACAUGGAACAUCAGAGAAACAUGAUGUGUUGUUUCAACAACACAAUUAGCAAUAGAAGUGAUUAAAGAUUCCUGGAUGGCAUGUUUUUUCUGUAAAAAAAAAAGAAUGCAGCUCAAUGAAAUCUGAUUGUUCUUUAAAGAAUGUGUCUGUUUUACCCAGUGAAUAAUGGAAUCCAGGAGACCUUAAUCAGCUUCUGGGGGCCCAAGUGCUGCCUGGCCUGGCUGCUGGGUGAGGUGCCAGAGAGCCGAGACUUGCAGGCUCCUGGGCUUAUGGACACUCAGCUGAGCUCCAUUAUCACAGCAUCUAAAUGCUUCAGAACUUCUCUUAUACUUAGUCUGUCAAUGCCUUGAUGCAUUAAGGAGUGACUGCUUUUUUUCCUGAUGAGGAACUAAAAGAUUAAUGGGAGUUAGGUAGGUAGAUCAUAAAAACCUUCUGAUUUUUGUGGAUCUUUCCAGUUGCAAGCCCAUUAUUGAUUGUCAGGCCCUUGCUAAGCUCCAAAGUGUACAGUCUCACCUGUGCUUUAAAGUUCUGCUUCUUCUCCCUCUGUGAUUGCCAUAGGCCCACAGAACUUGCACACAAAUCCCACCAGGUUACCCAAACUCAAUGUGCCUCUCCUUUGCUUGUCCCCACUGGCAGGGAGCUCAUGCAGUUUGGAUAUUGCAGAAUAAGGAAAAAGGAAUGUACUACCUCCACUUUGUGGGGGCACAAUGAUAUUGCUGCCAUUUCUUUAAGGUCUGUGGUGUUUUAGUCACCAGUGUGCUGGAAUCACACUGCCAUUUCUGGGUGCCUACUUUUACUGUGUGUUGAACAAGUUCCCUCAGGGUAUAAUUGACCUAUGUCUUAUACCCCAAGGGAGUGGACUUUUUAUCUACUCCUGGCAAAGUACAGAAGUCACAAAUACUACCUAAAAAAUAAAAUUACCAAAGAUCCCCCCAAAACUAGUCCAUUGAUACAGCCAAUCUCACUUAUGGGUCAAGGCUCAAACUCAUGUAAAUUUAAAAAUAAAGAAAAAAUUAUAAGCCCAGGGAUCUUACAUAUCUCCCAUUUCUUUUAGUGCAGAUCUCUCAGGAUACAAUCUGGAUCACUAGAUUCUACUUUUCUCAGACUUUGAAGGUCACCUCCCUUGAGGUCACUGAACCUAUGUCUUCAGUAAUGCAGAAAUUUCCUGGAAACUCCAAUGAAUGUUUGAGAGUCAAGAAAUAACAAACAUGAUUCCAACACUAGGCAGGAUGAACUCCCUCUCUGGAAGUGUUGUUGGGAAUGAACAUUCAGGGCUGGGCUAUGUAUAUUUCUCAGGCAAAAUUAUGACUAUAGAGGGAUCUUGAGUUCCAGGUGAAUGUUUUGUACAGAGGAGGCUUCCUGACAGUAUUCACCACCUUCAGAGGUGUCAGUCAAUGUCUGUCAAACUCAUGCUUGUCAUAAUAAGGAAUGGGCUUGUCCCCAGAUAUGUUUUUAAAGGGGGGGGAAAAAAAGAGGUAAAAGUAAUUCUCUAAAAAUGUAAUCAUGCAUAGAAAAUAUGAAAGGAAAAGGAACGUGUCUGCUGCUGAAGACUUCAGCAGCAAUUCAUUCUUACCUUAUUCUGCCAUAUCCAGCUAGGGAUAACUGAUGGUCACAUAGGUUGAGGCUGCCCUUGGGUUACAAUGCUUUCAAAAAGUGUCAUAACAUUUUGUGUGUUAAAUAGAUUUCUGCUGUGGUAACAGUUACUAUUAAUUAAUAACAGAAAUUGUGCUCUUUUUUUCUCCUUCCAAGGAGAAACAAACAGAAGGUAUUUUACAGGACUACAAAAAUAGCUAUUCCUUUUCUACUUUGGUAAGGCAAGAAAAAAAAAAGGAAAUAAAAGAAAGAAAAGAAAGUAGGAACAAACAUAUUAAAUAGGCAUUAGGAAUUAGGAAUUUAGGAUGCAGAUUAACUAUUUCCUUGUCUGAUUCAUCAAGCACAACUCAAUAAUUAACUCAGUGCAUUUACUGAUCAGUGAGGUUUUAUGUGUUAUGUAAUAAAGUAUCUCAGAUGCCCAGAAAGGCUGUGCUGUCUGUCCUCAGAGAGUUUCAAGGCCCAAGUGGAUAAUGCCCUGAGUAACCUGGUCUGGCCUCACUGGGGACCCUGCUUUGAGCCCAAGACUGGACUGGAGGCAUUCUGAACCUGAAUUAGUCUGUGAUUCUGGGACCUGUUUCUUCCCAGUAAUAAACAAAAGAAAAGUCCCAAUAUCUGGGUAGCAUCAAAAUGAUAUUCUGUAGAAAGUUGCAGAUAUACUGCUAAAGGUGGGUAAAUCCUUAGGCCAUUUGAAUAUUUAGAUCUCUAGAACUUUUAUAUCUGCUGUGUGCAAAUUCUGCCUACCACACAUUUGGCUGGAUCCAGGGCACAAACCUUUUAUUUAUUUAGAAUAAAUCUAGCAACUAAAGAGCUCUACAGCAUGUUCCCUACCCCUGCUAAAUCCCACUCCCCCACAGUUCUUAGCACUGUAGAGGCACGUAAACAUACAAAUAUUUUACAAGCAUUUUCUUUAGAACUCCAAACAAAAUACUGGUUUGGGUUUAUUUGUGUGUUUUUCCCAAGUAAAACAAACUACACUUAUGGCCAGGAGCUCAAAUGUGUCUUUCUGACCCACCGGCUCUGAAAUGGUGAAGAAUGUAGUUCAUAAAGCACCAAGUCACACCGUAGCUGCUGUGGGUGGCAUGAAAGCAACAAGGAAAUGAUUAUAUUUCCAUAACAGCUGAAGACUUUAGUUAAAGCCUGAGCAAUGGGAAAUCUCUGGCAUGUUGCUUCAUUCCUCAUUCAUUUUUGCAUGGAAGGUGUCUGACCUUUCUGUAGAAGUGGCAUUUCUGAAGAUCAGGGGCUAGCUGAAGAAUUUAUGAAUAUGUUGUCAUGUUUGGAAUUGGAAAUCCUUUUCUUCCUUUCAAAAUGCCAGUAAUAUUUCUGACAUGACUAUGAUGCAGAUGCUAUUGUUGGGAAUAGCAAUACAAUUGUUGCAAGGUUUUUUUUAUUUUUGUUAUUGUAAGUUAUAUGGUUUGUUAUUUGUUUCCCACUAAAUAUAUCACAGGGCCAGAGAAUGCUCUCAAAACACCAUUAUAAUCCUUGAUGCAGCUUGAAAAAGUAGAAGUAAAGGUAUAUAAUUCUUCUCUGUGUCUGCCCAAGGAAGGAACAAGGUUCCAAAUCUGCAGCAAGGUGUGAGCAGCUGGUGCUGGAUUCUCUGCUCUGUGCGCAGCACUGAGGCAGCUGAAGCCUGCCUGGGUGAGGGAGGGGUGAACCAACAAACAGCCUGACAAAGCCGCAGACUGCGUUUUCUCCUCCAGCCAAAGGCCUGACAAAGCCACAGACUGCGUUUCCCCCUCCCUAAACUUUCAUGGGAUCAACAGAGUAGAGGUUCCAUUGCUACAACCGAUAAAUAUGCUGUUCUGCUUAGUUCUAAAACCUAUUUCUUUCUGCCCAUCUCCACUGCUUUUACAAAGUUCCAGUGUGUCUUAAAAGCCCUUGUUAUUAUUUGCAUUCCUACCUGGCUUCAGAAAGUUCAGAAAACCCUUUGAGACUCUAUUCUGCCGUGAUGGUGACUCCAAAAAUGCUUCUAAAACCCAGAAGUUUUAUUUAACCUUUGAUAAAGGUGUAAGGUAAAAGUGUUACUUCUGGGCCCAAAACUUUUAGCACUGUUUCAUAAGAGCAAAUGGAGAAAGUAUCAAGGCUUGGACAAGGAUUUGGUCUAGUUCCAUUGCUGGUCUCUAGCCCAGAGUGCUAAAUGCUCUGAGCCUUUGAACCUUUACAUCUUUAAUAUACAGGAUAUGCACAAUAAUACUUCAUUCAUAAAUACUUUUGAAAGUUAAGGACAAAAAAUUGCUGCAGAAGUCUUAGAUCAUUAUAUAAUAAAGAUCCUGGAUGGUUAUAUAAUAAGGACUUGGAGACAGUCACUGAGUUACCACACACUAAGGAGUUCAUCUGUCCUCUGGCUUUGCUUUAAGUUAUUUGAAGUGGUGAGAGUUGCAGUAUGCAUUAUCAAUGUCUGGAAGUACCUCCAAAAACUUUGAGUUUUCUAUUUGAUGUACCUACAGAAGACAUUACAGAACUGACCAUUUUUCAGUGGAUGUGUCAGUCUCUUUUCCCAGGUAACAAGUGAAAGGACAAGAGGAGAUGUUCUCAAGGGGAGGUUUAGACUGACUGGAAAAAUUCCUUCACCUAAAGGGUUACCAGGCGUUGGAACAGCCUGCCCAGGGAAAUGGUUGAGUCACCACCCUGGAGGAAUUUAAAAGAUGCAUAGAUGUGGCACAUAGGGAUGUGGUUUAGUGCUGGACUUGGCAGUGCUGAUUUAAUGGCUGCACUCAAGGGUCUUUUCCAACCUGAAUGAUUCUAUGAUUUUAGCUAAAGGCCAGAACAAUUUUUAGAGGAAAUAUUUUGCCAUGUAUUUUGUUGCUUACCUUAAGUUGCUAUUAUUUGUAAACUUUCAGGGCAGAAGCCUCUCACUGUCUGUGGUACCGUGUUGGGAAGGAGGUAUUAAUCUCUGCACGAGCUGGGAUUCUGGGAACAGUGCUUGCAUUGAGACUUUGAUGUUUCUAAAGCAGGUCCUGUUUUGGGGUUUUUCAUGUGCAAUCCUUAGAAGCCUGGUUCCUGCUCAGGAUACAAAUAAUGACAAAUUGUCUGAAUGUGAAAAAAAAAAACUCUG